AUGGACGCAGAAGAUGGAGACACAAGAUCGUUGAAAUUGUCCGUUUAUCCUAUCGUAGCCGAUAAAAACUGGCUCACAGUAGAUCGAAGUCGUCAAGUCUUGCGUGGAAUAUCGCUGAAUCAAGGCGAUUUUGAGUUUAGACUUGAAGCCAGAGAUUCUGCAAAUCAGAUGACUUCGGCCGCGUUUCGUGUAUCGGUUGAUGAAGUGACCCCGUCGAAUCAUCUAUUCAUAUUCGAUAUCCAAAAAAGUUAUCAACAUUUAACAAAAGACCCCGAUACCAUGUUGGCAUUUGCUACAAAACUAGCACAUUCGCUAGGCGAUCGUCUGCCAAAAAAUAUUGUUAUCAGGUGUGUAUGA